GGAGCAGGAGGGCCAAGGGGGCAGCCAGCAUGCUGUGGGCUAUCAUUGUGUUUUUCCCUGGCAGACCUGCUUUGUUUGCCUUGGAAUGUGAAUCUCGAUCUUUGGGGGAGUCUGAUGAAAGCUGUGAUCUUGAUCAUCCCUUUCCCACCAAAGGGAAUCACUGGAGACCAGCAAGACCUGGCAAGAAGGAUGCAGUCAGGUUCCAGCCAGCCUGCUGAGGCCGAGACAAAGGCCCAGAGCAUGAGUCACCAAUCAGACACCCUCCAUCUGCCCUGUGGUCAGAUGAGGGGUCAGGGCCUCGGAAGCCAGGGCACCCGCACCCAGCCCAUGGAGAUGAUGCACUUGCAGCAGACCAUCGAGAAGCAUAUCAUGCAGUUGGCCACCAGGCACCAGCAGCAGGAUCUGGUGCUGGGGGACCAAAGGCAUCAUCAGGCCACCGGGGAGCAGGAAGCCCUCCUGGGCAACUUAAUGUCCCAGUUGGUCAAUCUCCUACAGUCUGGGGCCCCGGGUGGCCUGGGGCUCCAACCGUCUUACCCUCCCCUGGAUGUGAGGGGGGAUGUCGGAGGUGGGCAGGGGGCCCAAUCAGCUGGGCAGCCUGACCAGCCAGUUCACCAACUGAAGGAUCCCGAAGCGACAUUUGUCAGCCAGCACCUGUCUAACCGUGGGAUCGAAAUCUCUGCGUCAUACCAGGCCAGCUUCCAGGACUACGAGAUGUACCAAGGAGACAAAUACCAUGAGGACAAGAACCCCUUGGGCUUCGUUAACCUUGACAUCAGUGAGAAUAAGCUCUGCCUUGAUCUGAAGACUGAAAGGUUGAGUCAGAGUGAUAUGAACUUCAUUGAGGAUGUCCUGCUGCAGUAUCCUGAUUGGUCAGGGCAACCAUUCCUGCGGGAAGAGGUGGCCUGGUUCCUGACCUACUACUGCAAGGUACCUGCUCAGCUCGAUCCAGAAAAUAUGAUUGUUCUAAAUGGCUGCUCCUCUGUAUUCUCCACACUGGCCAUGGUUCUGUGUGAUCCAGGUGAGGCCUUGCUGACCCCCACCCCCUUCUAUGGCGGCUUCGUCUUUAGUUCCCACCUGUAUUCGAAAGUUGAGCUGAUUCUCAUCCACCUGGACAGUGAGAGCAGGGACGCGAACCCCCGCCCGUUGGAGCUCACUGUGGACAAGCUAGAGCAAGCUCUGCUUGAGGCGACGCUUACAGGGAAAAUGGUCAGAGGUCUCGUGCUAAUCAACCCUCAGAAUCCUCUGGGGGAUGUCUACUCCUGAGAUUCACUGAAAGAAUACUUGGAAUUUGCCAAGACGUACAACCUACAUGUGAUUAUAGAUGAGAUUUACAUGCUGUCUGUGUUUGAUGAAUCCAUCACAUUCCACAGCAUUCUGAGCAUGGAAAGUUUGCCUGACCCCAACAGGACCCAUGUGAUCUGGGGCACCAGUAAGGAUUACGGCAUCUCUGGCUUCCGCUUUGGUGUUCUUUACACGCACAACAAGGAGGUGGCCUCUGCCGUGAGCUCUUUUGGCUAUCUCCACAGUGUCUCUGGCAUCACCCAGUACAAACUGUGCCGGCUGCUUCGGGACUGAGAGUGAAUUGACGGAGUGUACCUGCCCACUUACCACUCCCAGCUGCAGAGAGCUCACAGAUAUAUCACUAAGAAGUUGAAGGCAUUGGAUCCUUUUCUCAACCGUGGCUCUGGCCUCUACGUCUGGAUCAACUUGAAAGUGUACCUGGAUCCGUGCACCUUUGAAGAAGAGCUGCUGCUCUGUCACCGCUUCCUGGAUAACAAGCUGAUCUUGUCCCGAGGCAAGACCUACAUGUGUAAGGAGGCUGGCUGGUUCCGCAUGGUCUUUGCGGAUAGGCCCCUCCAACUAAAACAAGCCAUAUAUUGGUUCUACCAGGUGCUGGAGGAGCAGAAGAGGGAUCUGAGAGUGAAGCAACUGGAGAGUGCACAGAGAGAGUGAGUGGUCUGCUUCCCACCCAGUGGCUGCAGCCAGUCACAUGCUCAGGGACUCCCUGACAUCAGCCUCUGGGCCAGAAGCCUGGGGUUUGGGCCUGGUGUUGUGACUGAACCAACAGUGGGCCCCUCUGGGAAUGGGCUCCUCUGACCCAGUCAUCAACCUUCUCCAGCUGAGCAUCUGUCGCUUUGGAAGCUUUGCAUCUUUUUAGUCUUUGCUAGCCAUGUAUGUGUACAUGAAAUGUUUUUAUGGGGGUUGGGGUGGGGGCUUGCUGGGUCCCGAUUUUAUGGUUUUAUUUUUGUAGUCCGCAUCUAAUAAAUUUCAUAUAUUUCAUAUAAAUUUCAUAUAACUUAAAUUCUAGGCUUAUUUUCUUUUUUACACUCUUUGUAUCACCUCUGGGAGAUUUUUUUGGGGGGGUGGGGGUUUCUUUUAAAUUCUAAGGCAAAUUGUAUGUGAAGAAUACUGUCCAGGGAAGGUGAAAAAGGAAGGAAAAAAGUGAUCCCUAAUUGACAAAGCACAUUCUAGAUGUCAGGAUCCUAUGGGACAUCGUAUCCCACAAGAUCACACCCACCUUGCUCAUGUGUGGCUGCAGUGCAGGAUAAGGGUGUAAUGCCAGAUGUUCCUUCUUCCAAACAGGAGUUCUUUGCGCUUUUUCAAAAGGCUUUUAUUAAUUAAAAAAAAUUUUUUUUUAAGUAUUUUGAGAGAGAGCGCGAGAGCGCACAAGCUCGGGGAGGGGCAGGGGAAGAGGGAGAAGCAGACUCCCCACCAAGCAGGGAGCAUGACAUGGGGCUCAAUCCCAAGACCCAAGAUCAUGACCUGAGCUGAAGGCAGAUGCUUAACCAACUGAGCCUCCCAGGCGCCCCUCAAAAGGCUUUUAAAAUGAAUCUCUAGUGAUAAACCUGAGGUCUUCCAUUUUCAUCUCUAGUGUUUGCAGCCAUUCAAAUCACAACACCUGGGAGUUUCUCUGUAAAGCUCUUGCAUAUCUGCACUUCAGUCGGAGGACUGAGGCUGUGACGUGGGCCUGGCACAGAUGACCACAUAUUAUAGAUGACGAAAGAGCUUUUAGCACCAACUGAUGGCUUUGGUCAGUCACUUGGCUUUGUGACCAUCCUCUCUCUUGGGUCCAGAUUUGGUGGUUCUUGUUCUUCAAUGACAAUCUUUUUCUUUUCUUUUUUAAUCAACAAAAGCAGUAUUCCAGCAAAUCCUGAGUCUUUAGGUUUUUUGUUUUGUUUUGUUUUAUACCAGACAGUGUUCGUUAGAAGUUGACUAAUAGGGUAACGGACACAGAGCGGGAAUUCGCUGGAUGAAUGAGGGAGCUCAUGGGACCAGAGAGAAGAUGCAGAUGUGAAAGAUGAGAGGCAGAGGUGCUCUUGGGAUCUCUGUAAUGGGGCCUAAUAGUCUCAUCAGGACACUGCCCUCGGUUGAAAGGGAUGGUGCCUUCCAUGGAAGGGAUAGACUCUUUUGUAUUCCAUUCCCGUCAAGAUUUGAAUGGUUGAGUGGAGAAAACUUAAUAUCUCCCUAUCCAUGAGCAUGGAAUCUCCUUCCAUUUAUUUAGGUCUUUAAUUUCACUCAGCAAGGUCUUUGUGGCUUUCAGAGAACACAAUUUCGUCCUACACACAUCUUGUUUAGUUUAUCCGUAUACUAUGCUUUUCAUGUUCUGCUAAAGGUAUUGUUAACUUCAUUUUCGAAUUUUUUUUGCUAGUGUGAAACAAUUGAUUUUUGUAUCUUGUAUCUAUCAAGAGCUUUGAAGGCUCUUGGCAGAAGGCAUGAGAAUUCUGGGUCAGAGAAUUACUACUCACAACAGUAGGAGGAAUCAGAGUAUCAGCUUUUGAUUCCCCAAGCCCUGAUUACUGCAGGGAAAAGUGAGGAGGACCCUCUGAUGACUGCACCUGCCGUGGGGUGUCCUGCAGAAGAGCAAACCCAAGCUUAAGGAACAAGAUUCUUUUAUGGUGAGCAGUAAGCUUGCCUGAACUCUGGCCCCCAAAGGAGACAUUAUCUUUAUUAUAUUGAGUAAUAAACCUACACUUUGCUCUGGAGAGACACACUAUUGCUAUCAUCCAAUGCUGUUCACUCUACACAUGUGUGUAUAUAUGUGUGUAUGUACGUGAGUGUGUAUCUCCUUGAAGACAGCCUAGAACAAAGGCAGUCAGUGCCCCUCCUUGUAAGACAGGCAGAAACAUGAGAGACCCAGGAAGAAUCCUCUCCUGACAGUAUCUUGUGAACUUGCUAAACUCAUUAUUAGCCCUAGUAGCAUGGUGGGGGGAGGGGAUUUCUUUGAAUUUUCAAUGUAUACAAUCAUGUUGAUUGUGAAUAAAGGUGAUUUUCCUUCUUCCUUUUUAAUAUUUCUAAUUUUUCUGUUCUAAUUGCAUUGCCUAGAACCUCCAGUACAAUGUUAAAUAAAAGUAGUGAGGGAGGACAUUCUUGUUCUCAAUCUUAGCAGGACUGAGGUCACUCUCGCCUUUUUUUUUUUUUUUUUUAAUGAGGGGGGUGGGGAGCCAGAGGGAGAGGGAAAGAGAGCAUCUUAAGCAGGCUCCAUGCCCAGUGAGUAGCUGAUCUCACAACCCUGAGAUCAUGACCUGAGCUGAAAUCAAGAGUCAGACGCCUAACCGACUGAGCCACCCAGGCACCCGACUCUUAAGUACAAUGUUACUGUAAGUAUUUUUCAUACUGCCCUUCACCAGAUAAGAGUUCCUUCAGUUCCUAGUUUGCUGAGAGUUUUUCCCAUGAAUAAGGGUUCAAUUUUUGUCAUAUGUUUUUAUUUAUACCUCUAGAGAAGAUAUAAUUGUUUUAAGUGUUAGUGUGGUAAAUUACACUGAAUCUUUUAUUAUUAUUAACAUAAUGUAUUAUUUGUUUCAGGGGUACAGGUCUGUGAUUCAUCAGUCUUACACAAUUCUCAGCGCUCACCAUAGCACAUACCCUCCCCAAUGUCCAUCACCCAGACACCCCAUCCCUCUCACCCCCACCACCCCAGCAACCCUGUUUGUUUCCUGAGAUUAAGAGUCUCUAAUGGUUUGUCUCCCUCUCUGGUUUCGUCUUGUUUCAUUUUUCCCUCCCUCCCCUAUGACCCUCUGUCUUGUUUCUCAAAUUCCUCAUAUCAGUGAGAUCAUAUGAUAUUUGUCUUUCUCUGAUUGACUUAUUUUGCUUAGCAUAAUACCCUCUAGUUCCACCGUCAUUGCAAAUGGCAAGAUUUCAUUUUUUGAUGGCUGCAUAAUAUUCCAUUGUAUAUAUAUACACCACAUCUUCUUUAACCAUUCAUCUGUUGAUGGACAUCUACGCUCUUUCCAUAGCUUGGCUAUUGUGGACAUUGCUGCUAUAAACAUUGGGAUGCAUGUGCCCCUUCGGAUCCCUACAUUUGUAUCUUUGGGACUUACAUUGAAUCUUUUAAAUGUUAAGCCAAUGUCCUAUUCCUGCAAUAAAGUGCACGGAGGAUGCAUCCUCCUCGUAUAUAUUGUUGGAUUUGGUUUGAUAUUAAGAAUUUUACAUUGGGCGGUGGGCUCCCCUCCACCAAAAGAAUUUUACAUCUGUUUUCAUAAGGAGUAUUGUGCUAUAAUUUUCUUUUUAGUAAUGCAUGGUUGGUUUUGGUAUCAGAGUAAUACUGACCUCAUAAAUGUUUUGGAAAUCUUUGUUCCUGAAUUUUCUGGAAGUUUGUGUCAAGUUAAUUUUUUUUUAAAUUUUCAAAUAUUUGGUAAAAUUCACCUGUAAAGCCAUCUGUACAGGAGUUUUCUUUACGGGAAGGUUUUUACUCAUAAAUUUAAUUUCUGUAACAGAUAUCAGGCGAUUCACAUUUUCUAUUUCUUGUGUCAGUUUUGGCAACUUGUGUCUUUCAAGAAAAUGUGUCCAUUUAAGUUCAAUUCCUGAGAAUGUUAAUGUUCCAGACUGACCCUGACCUUCAAGGCCCUAUCAAAUGCAUCCCUAUUUCCAAGACUCCACCCUCUCACCAGCUAGCCAGGACUUACCUUUCAGAACUCAGCCAUCAUUUCCUUAGUGUUUAUAGCAAUUAUAUGUGUGUAGGGCUUCCCAUGUGGGGCCAAUGCAUGUAUUGGGGUUGGGGGUGAAUCUCCCUGCUGCUUGCUUCCAUGGCACGGGUAAUCUCUUUAACAGUCCUCCCAUUUGGGGUGCGUGGAUGGCUCAGCCGGUUAAGCGUCUGCCUUCUUUUCUGGUCAUGAUCCCAGGAUCCAGCCCCGUAUCAGGCUCCCUGCUCAGGGGGAAGCCUGCCUCUCUCUCACACUCCCCUUGCUGUGUUCCCUCUCUCACUGUCAAAUAAAUAAAUAAAAUCUUAAAAAAAAAAAUUAGUCCUCCCAUUUGUAUGUCUGCCUUCCCAAUCAACCACAGGCCCACUGUUUGUUUUGCUUAUCACCCUAUCCCAGCACUUUGCAGAGAUCUGGCACAAGACAGGCAUUCAUUAAGAGUACUUAACCAGAAUUACAUAGAAUAUGACUUAAAUGGAGAGAACUGGCUUGUUUUACAGAACAUCACACAGAGGACCAACAAAGUCAUGAGAGCUGCUUAAGGUCACAAUGUUCCUGGCAAGGCCAAAGAGAAAAGAACUGGAGUGGUCAGAAGACCCCUAAGUCUUCCCCGCCAUACUUGUAUUGAAGGAUCCUGCUUAUUUCAUGGGGAAAGGAGACUUUUUCGACUCAAGGCUCUGCGCAGGCUGGGGCCUGGGUAGCCUAACUCACUGCCGAAGCCCCAGAACGUGUAGGGGUCUGUGGCAGAGUUCAACAAAUGUCCCAUGGAGCGAAAAGAGAAUUUCAAAUGCCAGUGGAAAAACUCUCCUAGGGGAAAGAUGUUUUAAGGAUGCCCUCGCUUUAACCAGAAAGGCUUCUCCGUGGGUGCAAGCAGGCAUAUGUUUGCCAAGUAACCUCCGGCACUCGAACUGCUUCAAACUCGGGAAACUGAGGCCGGGAGGCAGAGGGAGGCGCCCCCACGUGCCAGCCAGGAAGACCAGGGCCCGCAGGCCGACCCUUCGCCGCCGUGGUCUUCUCGGCUUCUGCUGCCGCC